UGUCACUUCCCCACUCCUAAAUCACUAAGGAUAACUCUUGUGCUUGACACACAUGUCGACGAGUGGAGUCUCUACAACUUGACGUUUGUUGAAGUCUAGAUCACUCUAACAGUUUCUCGUGAAAGGACAUUGUUUUUUCAGUCUGACCGCGAACACCGUGUGAUUGUCUUCAAUAUGGAUUAAUAAGCAUUAAGGCUCGUACAGUGCAGUCGCCUGUAGAUGAACGACCCGCACCGCCAUGCCACCCGGGGUUUACUGCGACCUGCAGGAUGUGUGGGAGAAGGAUGGUCGGGACCAGGUCACCAUGGAGUUCCUCCUGCCGACGGGUAUCUACCUCAGUUUUCCCGUAGCACGCAGUGACACCAUCGCCACAAUUAAAAAGAUUUUGUGGAGGAAUGCACGGAGCGAGCCUCUCUUCAGCAUCCUGAGCGAUCCCGAUGCUUACGUGUUUACCUGCAUCAACCGGACGGCGGAGCGAGAGGAUCUGGAGGAUGAGCAGCGGCGCUUGUGUGAAGUGAGGCCAUUCCUGCCUGUCUUCAGGCUCGUCGCACGUGAAGGAGACAGAGUGGAGAAGCUGAUUAACACCCAGAUCAGUUUGAUUCUAGGGAAAGGCCUGCACGAGUUUGACACUCAAAAAAACCAUGAGGUGGACGAGUUCCGGGCGAAAAUGCGCUCCUUCUGCGAGGAGAAAGCUCAAGAUCGGCAACGGUUGCCAUGGCACCAGUGGAUGGACUACAACUUUCCCUGUGAUUUAGAGCCGGUCUCCGUAGCAGCUCAAAGUGGGAAGUCACACACAAAUGUGAAAAAGAUCUUCAUCAACGUCAAGUUUGAGGCCAGCGAGGAGAGCUUCAUGCUGCAGUUGGACCCCCAGGAUCUGCCAGUGGUCCUGAUGAAGAGUGCGCUCAGGAAAAAAGCCACGGUGUUCCGGUCAGUGAAGCAGGAGAAGCCCGAGGAGUACACGCUACAGGUCAACGGGAGAUGGGAGUUCAUCUACGGGAAAUACCCGCUGUGCAGGUUUAAAUACAUUUUCUCAUGCUUGUACGGAGGCCUGACUCCGCAUCUGACCAUGGUGCAUCACUCCACCAUCUCUAAAUACCAGGAGGAGCAGGGAGGCUUGAGUAACCAGGUCUCCAAGAGCCGGUCUCAGUCGAAACCUCCGCCGUUGCCUCUGAAAAAGCAAAACACAUCAUCACUGUGGUCCAUACACGAGCUCUUCCACAUCCACCUGCUGCAGGGCAACCGGGUCAACGCCGAUGAAAGCAUGAAGUUGGUGGUGCAGGCAGGCCUAUUCCACGGGAGUGAGCUUCUCUGUAAAGUGGUGACCAGCAGUGAAGUCAGCGUGUGCUCAGACCCAGUGUGGGACCAGAAGCUGUCAUUCGACAUCCCCUUAUGCGAUCUUCCUCGCAUGACGCGCCUCUGCUUCGCCCUCUAUGGCGUAUUGGACAAACCCAGGAAGCAGCGGUCAACCAAAAAGAAGAACAAAAAAGCUGACUGUCCUUUGGCCUGGGUGAACCUGAUGGUGUUUGACUAUAAGGACCAGCUGAAGACAGGAGAGAUCUUUUUAUCCACUUGGCCUUCAGCUCCAGAUGACAAAGGUGAUCUGCUGAAUCCUAUGGGCACGGUGGAGAAAAAUCCCAACAUGGAUAGCUCUCCAGGCCUCCACAUUCGCUUCCCCAGUUUCAGGCCACAUCCUCUUUACUACCCUCCACUGGAAAAAUUGAAUGAACUUAAUGGUGACAAAGCAGGCGUUACAAAAGAGGAGCAUCUGAAACUGAAAGAGAUCGUGGACAAUAAAAACCACACCGAGUUCUUUGAAGAUGAGAAAGAGCUGCUUUGGAAGUUGCGUGGGGAGAUGAAAGCGAAUUAUCCAGAGAGCCUCUCCAAACUGCUACUCAUCACCAAGUGGAAUAAACACGAGGACGUAGCCCAGAUCGUGGCUCUAUUACGGAAAUGGCCAGACCUGCCAGCUCUGCAUGCUCUAGAGUUGCUGGACUAUAGCUUCCCUGACCCUCACGUCCGCUCGUUCACCAUCCGCUGCCUCAGGAAGCUGCGUGAUGACGAACUCUUCCAGUACCUCCUGCAGCUGGUUCAGGUUCUGAAAUAUGAGCCUUACCUGGACUGUGACUUGACAACCUUUCUCCUAGAUAGAGCUUUAUCCAACAAGAGGAUAGGCCACUUCCUUUUUUGGCAUCUAAGGUCUGAGCUACAUGUGCCGUCUGUCAGUCUGAAAUUCAGCCUUAUUCUAGAGGCUUACUGCAGAGGAAGUAUCUACCACAUGAAGAGUCUCAUGAAGCAGAAUGAGGCCCUGAGUAAAAUGAAAGCUCUGAAUGACUUUGUGAAGUCGGGCUCUCAGAAGUCAGCAUCCAGGUCGCAGAUUACGGAGGACAUGAAAUUGUGCAUUAAACAGGACACGUAUUUGGAGGCGCUUUCUGGCGUCGUGUCGCCUCUCAACCCGAGCAUCAUUCUUUCUGAAAUCUGCACGGACAAAUGUAAAUUUAUGGACUCUAAGAUGAAGCCUCUCUGGUUGAUGUACAAAAACAAAUGUGUGCAGGCAGACACUUUGGGCAUUAUCUUCAAAAAUGGAGACGAUCUCAGGCAGGAUAUGCUAACCCUUCAAAUGAUCCAACUAAUGGAUGUUCUGUGGAAGACAGAAGGGCUGGACCUUAGAAUGAUCCCCUAUGCGUGCUUGUCCACUGGGAAUAAGACCGGUCUUAUCGAGGUAGUAAAAAACUCAGACACCAUCGCCAACAUCCAGAGAAAUAAGAGCAACAGCGCAGCCACUGCGGCCUUCAACAAAGAUGCUCUUCUCGACUGGCUCAAAUCCAAGAACCCAGGGGAUAAACUGGAUAAGGCCAUCGAAGAGUUCACACUGUCUUGUGCAGGCUACUGUGUAGCUACCUAUGUUUUGGGAAUUGGGGACCGCCACAGUGACAACAUCAUGAUCCGGGAGAACGGGCAGUUGUUCCAUAUAGACUUUGGACAUUUUCUGGGGAACUUCAAGGCGAAGUUUGGGAUUAACCGAGAACGCGUGCCUUUUAUUUUGACAUACGAUUUUGUCCAUGUGAUUCAGGAGGGCCGAACAAACAACAGUGAGAAAUUUGAACGCUUCCGUGAAUGUUGUGAACAAGCGUAUAAGAUCCUCUGUCGAAACGGAACUCUAUUUGUGAACCUCUUUGCCUUGAUGAGAGCUGCAGGACUUCCUGAGCUCAGUUCCUCCAAAGACAUUCAGUACCUAAAGGAUUCCUUGGCACUUGGCAAAUCUGAGGAGGAAGCACUGAAGAAUUUUAAAGUGAAGUUCAAUGAAGCUUUGCGAGAGAGCUGGAAGACCAAGGUGAACUGGAUGAUGCACACUUUUGCCAAAGACAACAGAUGAACGCUGGCGUGUUGAAGCAGAGGCGCUGGUAUGGCGUUUAAAUCCAAAUCUCAUUCGGAAGCCAGGAUUUGAUCCAGUUCCAGAACUAGUUUCUUGUAAUAUGAAAAUUCCUGUUUUGUCUGUCUGUUUUUGUUUUGUUUAAUUGUUUUUUUUUUCACUGCAAUUUACUGGCGCUAUCGAGCUGCAAAAUGGGGCACGAAAGAAAAUUCUAUAAGUCAUAAUUGGCGCUAAUGUAUCUUGUCGCUGACCUAGUUUGUAAGGCACUCAGCUUUGUAAGGCACUGGAAAAUGUUUUUAUUAUUAUUUUUUUUUGAAUAUGUCAUCCAAAAGAGUAUGUGUAUUUAUGAUUAUUAGUUGUACAGAAGAGAUUGACUACUGGCCAGGAGAAAGAAACACAUUCAGUGUUUCAUAGUUUACAUUCCAUCUUACUUCAAUUUUUACUUUAUCUAUUUGUACUUGAAUGUUUUUGGUUGUAAAUAUUCAUUAUUUUGUGACUUGUAUUUUGGUAUUUAAAGUUUUGAGCAGUAUUUUGAAUUAUUUUUUAAUGACGUGUAUAAAGGAAAAUCAUGAGAUUAUUCUUAAUUAUAGACACGAGACAGCGCUUCUAUGGGGGGGAAAGCAGAACUGAGCCCGAAACGUUUUAUGUCUUGGAUAUUUGUGACCUGUGGAAUGAGAUAUUUAUUAAGAUCGAAAGAGUUUCUUCACAUGUUAUACUUGUGUAUGGUAUUGUUUUCCUAUAUAGUUUUCUUACACCUCCCCAAAGAACAUAUACUAUUGGGUUGAUGAGUUAUAUUAAAUUACCCCUAGGUGGGAAUGAGUCGCUCUGAUGCCAUGCACUGGUUCGUGGUAUUUUCCAGGCCUUGUGCCUCGGGUCCCUGGGAUAGGCGCUGGAUCCUCUGUGACCCUGACCAGGGUAAAGCGGUUACUGAAGAUGACUGAAUGAAGAAACACUUUAGGGUCUGAUGUCCAAACAUGUCUUGGCCCAGUAUUUUCCACAAGAUAUCAACUAUGCGUGCACUUCCCAAAGACAGAUCAGUUGAAUUGAUCUCCAUCUUUGGUAAACAUCAGGGCAAGGUAAAGAAAUGCAUAUUUUGUCCUGGCAGUUUAGAGAUAUUGUAUGUACACAUUUGGACAAAAUAUGUGCCUGCAUUUGAGAUUAACUGCACUCAAACACUUUUGAGUUAUUUUUUUGUUUGUGUCAAAAAAAAAAAAGAAAAGAAAAAAUCACACUCCCUUUCUUAAUAUUUAAGUGCAGCUAUGUAUGUGUGAUGUUUUCAUUUUGAUUCAUUGUCAUGUUCAGAUUAAAUCUGCCUUAUUUUUCUAAAUGUUAGCAGUAAAAGUAGAUUAUGUACCCUUUUAUGACCUGAAUGUCAUUAAAUGUGUGUCAGUUUGUAAGAAGAAAAGGCUUAAGUUAAAUUGCUCUGUGGGCAAUAAAAGGUGACAAACUCA